CAUCUACCACUGCACUCGGAGAAGCAUUCCUAUUCUCCUGGCUUAUGGUAUCAUGGCAUAACAGUGUUAUUGGAAGAGAUCCUCUUAUUGACCGUGUACCAAACCUGAUGGAGCCUCAGUGGUGAAAUGUGGCACUAACAGACAAAUCACACAGAGGAUUACAAGUGCCCCUAAAGCAGGAUGAUGAUGAGAGAUCUGAAGUUCACUGCACACUUGAGCCUCCAGUUUGGUGCUCUGUGGGAGACUAAGGGAUAUGUGAACCAGGGCUCCACUCAGAGUAAGAAACAUACCCCACAGCUGGACAGUCUUGAUCCUGAGAGCUCUCGCCAGCUCUUCCGGAGCUUCCGCUAUCAUGAAGCAGCUGGCCCCUUCGAGGCUGUCAGCCAACUGCAGGAAUUAUGCCAUCAGUGGCUGAGGCCAGAGUUGGAACUGCUGGUGCUAGAGCAGUUCCUGGCCAUUCUGCCCAAGGAGAUCCAGACCUGGGUGCAGAAACAUCACCCACAGAGCAUCAAGGAAGCUGUGGCCCUGGUAGAACACUUUCACAGAGAAUCUGGUCAAACAAGGCAUGAGAAUCUGUUGACAUUCGAAGAUGUCGCUGUGUAUUUUUCCCAGGAAGAAUGGGAAUUACUGGACUCUUCUCAGAAGGCCCUCUACAGUGAUGUAAUGCAGGAAAACCAUGAGACUGUCAUCUCUCUAGCUGUAGGUGGCUUUGAAUUGGAAUCUCAGACUUCUGUCCGCAGAUCAAUUCUCAAUCUCUGGAAGGAGGCGAUGGCUGCGGUCCUCGGUUGUGCCAUCCAGGCCUCCCUGAACCAGGGCUCCAUGCUUCGAGAGUAUGAUACUGACUAUGAAGUCUUCCGUCAGUGCUUCAGGCAGUUCCAGUACAAAGAGGCAGCCGGGCCUCGGGAGGCUUUCAACAAACUCUGGGAGCUGUGCUCUCAAUGGCUGCAGCCACAGAUGCGUUCUAAGGAACAAAUCUUGGAGCUGCUGGUGUUGGAGCAGUUCCUAAAUAUUCUGCCCACGGAGAUAGAGACCUGGGUGAGGCUGUGCAAUCCAGAGAAUAGAGAAGGAAUUUUGGGACUGAUAGAAGACUUAGAGACAGAACUUGGGAUGCCAAGGAAGCAGGUUCAUAAGCAAGUUAUACUCUUGGAAGAGCAGGAACCAUUGGAAACGACACACAUGCUACCACACAUUGACCUGGAGUCACCUGCACUCCAGGUUACGGGACCUUCCCAGGGCACCACACUGGCGGAGGAGUGGUUCUUACAGGAAGGGCCACGGGAUCUGAGCUACAGUGCUGCUGGGGAAUAUCAGCCCUUCCUGGAGCCUGGGUACCUCACUGAAGAGCCUGACAUGAGCUUACCUUUGGACCCUAAUGAAUACUUGUUGGAGAAGGACUUACAGAAUUCCAAGGAAAUUAAACAAUUCCUUGACUCCAACACAGGUUUUGAUCUCGGAAAAGAAAAUGAAGAAAAUACUUCAAAGCAGAAAAAAUUAGAGGAUACAUAUUCAUUUAAUUUUACUUUUGAGGGUACCACUAUCCAUGGCCCCAUUUCACAAAAAGAUUAUGAACAGUUGAAAUAUCAACCUGAAAUCCACCCAGACGAGCUACAGUCAGAUUUCACAAAGCUUGUAGCUGAUGAGAACCACUCUCUGGGAGAAAAACCUGAGGUUUCCAACCUGGAAGAAACUCUCACAUCUAGACCCCAUGUACAAAAGUGUCCAGGUGAGAAACCUCAUCAUUCUCAGAGUGGAAAGUGUUCUUCUCAGAAUUCACAACUUUCCAGAGACCAGAAAUUCCAUUCAGGAAAGGAACCUCACAAGUGCCCUGAAUGUGAGGAAAGCUUCCUUCGUAUCUCAGACCUUUAUAGACACCAACGACUUCACACAGGGGAGAGACCCUAUGAAUGCACUGUAUGUAAGAAGCGAUUUACUCGGCAGUCACAUCUUAUAGGGCAUCAGAGAACUCAUUCUGAAGAUGAAACUUAUAAAUGCUUAGAGUGUGGCAAGAAUUUUUGUCAUGGAUCAAGUCUUAAAAGGCAUGUGAAAACUCAUACAGGUGAAAAACCUCAUAGAUGUCAGAGCUGUGGGAAAAGUUUUUUCCGAGUGACAGCUCUUAGUUUGCACGAGAGAACUCAUACUGAAGAGAGACCUUUUAAAUGUAAUUAUUGUGGGAAAACCUUUAGACAGAGACCAAGCCUUGUGAUUCAUUUAAGAAUUCAUACAGGGGAGAAACCAUACAAGUGUAGUCAUUGUUCUAAAUGUUUCAGACAGAGGACAGGCCUUAUUGUACAUCAAAUUACUCACCUUAAAUAAGACUUCUUUAAGAAUGGUUGAGGGAAACAGGUCCUAUUGAAACUGACGCCAACUUAUACAAGUCUUAACCUGCACUUAACCUGCAGCAAUCUGUUUGUCUUGAAAGAACAGUUUUGUUAGAGCUUAUAAGAAUAGCCUCUUUUUUGCUAAUUUUAAAAGCCGUCUUCCAAAUUAUAUGAAUUCUAGAGUAUUUACCUACUCUUGCAACUGUUAUAGAUUUGAUUUAUACUGUAUCAACAACUCACAUUUCUUCAUUACAUUGAAAAUCUUUGCAUCUCAAGCCAACCAUAUAAUAGUUGAAAGCAUACAGCAUAUAAAUGAUUAUAUUUCUCUCCUAUAUGGAGUCAAUGUGAUGGAUUUAUCCUGUCAACCAUGAAUGUGUCCAAUUGAUCUU